AUGUUAUAAGAUUUUCCCAAGCAGGUUUAAACUCCUAUUGUAUAAGAAAUAUUUUAGCCAGUCUAAGUGUCAAAAUCAUACACUAAUUCUGAAGGAUUGAAUACUACUGGAAGUCUGCAAGAAUAGAGAGAGUUCAUAUCUCUCAUUGCAUAAUAAAAUGAAGAAGGUUAUGCUGAAUCAAUCAAUCCUGAAUUAGCUGUAUUUAACAUUAGAACUUCUUUUGUAGGAUUAAAAAGUAAAAGAGUAGAACUAGUUGAGCCUGAAAUUCCACUUGACGAAAAUGCUGAUAAUACUGGAUUAGUAAAAUUCACACAACUUUGUUUAGCAUCCGAGAGUAUAUCUGAGGAACCAAAAACUAUCAACUAUAUUAGAUUAUAUUAAGCCAAGUUGAUUAAAACAUACUCUUGA